GGAAACCAAAAGUUGGGAGACAUAUCUGCACUUCUACCGAAAAGAGCAGAGUGGCUUUUCCGAGACAACGCCUCUGAUUCAUAAUCAAGAACCGGCCCCUUUCCCGACUACCGUCAUCUCAACAGAUUCUUUUCUUUCAAUAUGCCUCUAAGACGCUCUGCAAAAACGGCGGUUCCUUCUAAACGAAAGAGUCUCGCUGAGCCCCAAUUCGGAGAUGAGGACAGCGAGAGGUACAACGAUUUCGAAGGAGAGUUGAAGCUUAGUCCAGCCAAACGAAGACCAACGAUCCCAAAUAUGGGAACAGCUAGAAAACGAACAAAGAUAACGAAGGUUACAGAGUCAGAACGAAAGAAAACUGGGAAAAAGCGAGAUGUCAGUCUGUUAACGACGAUGCCGCUGGAUAUUCUCUUUACGAUCUUUGGCAUGCUUUUUCCUCGAGACCUCAUCAAUCUAUCGCGAGUCGACGCAAAUUUCUGUCGCAUUUUGACUGCGCAUAAUGUAUCGUUUGUGUGGAAGGCGGCGAGGGAAGCUGAAGGGGUAAGCGAACCCCUUCACGGAAUUCCUGAAUAUCGUUGGGUGAACCUUUUAUGUGGGAAUUCAGUCUGCGAUUUCUGCCGAGCAAAGAAGGCCACUGUUGACUGGAUGCUUCGCCGACGUGUCUGCAAGCGAUGCCUAAAGUCAAACUUAAUAUGUGCAUCAAGGAUAACAAGGCGUUUCCCCGAUGUCAACGACAAUGUCUUGAGCCUGAUACCGCUCACCAACGUUGGACCACGAAAAAAGCACGCCCGCAGCGGCUACUAUUGGAUCUCUGACAUCAUGGACACCCAAGCAAGGAUGAAGGAGCUAGAAGUCCAGCCUCAGCGUCUAGCCGAAUUUCGAACGGAGCGGAAGAACUUGGUUGAAGGCAUAAGCAGGGACGCGGGACGGUGCAGAGCAUGGACUCGCGCUUAUGCUCGGAAGACCGCUCGUGAAUCAGGACGCCGGAGGUUUUCUUCGUAGGCCUGCUUUGAUUGAUGCUUGUCUAAGUGCUCUCUAGUAUACAGAUCUUCCUGUUUGACUUGGGUUACACCAAGCAGGAGCUCGACUAUGUCAUUAUCCGGACAUAACUAUCGACUUGGGAAGAUGGAGGGGAGGAGAAGGGAUAAAAGUGUGUGUGUGACGUGGAGCGAAAUGAUGAGCUGGAAAAGAAGGACCAAACCUUUUUCUCCCCACCAAUGUCAUCAUCAUUUUCCAUACACAGACGUGCUGCGA